CCUCACAGCCGAACUGUGCCCUCCAGUGGACACAUCCAGCGCACGUCGGAGCCACUGGUCAUCUGUGGUCACAGUUUAGUUUCUCUCUUUGCUUUGUUGUGCGGAUUAAAACCAGGCUUAGUGUUUUCUGACAAGAGCAAAGAAAAUGUCGCUUGGUUUCAGCUUUGCUUAGUAGCUUUUGGACUUGUUUGCGUUGCCUCUGCUCAGUGAGGACGCAGCGAGGCGGUGCGCCUGGAGCAGAACAGAAAGCGUGGAGGAACAGAAGAGGAAGAGUUCACCAAACGCUCAACAGCAGGAUUUGGGAUUGUUUAUCCGCUUUCAAAGGUCACCUCCACUCUGCCACUUUGAUUUGGGCUGAGUGAAAGUGCAACAAGCACCUGCAGGGCCGCAUCACUGGCCCAAACCCUAUUACCGCAGUAUGGGCAACUUUUCCAGCAAGGACGGACAUGGACCCACAGGGGCCCAUGGGGAGAGUUUCCACACUCCACCUAUGACUCCACAGAGCGAUGGAGCGGGUGUCAUGCCUGCCGGUCUCCAGCUUCAGCCUUCCCCUACGGCCCUAGUUUCACCUCCACCUCCAUUAUCGGCCAUCACAACUGGUGGAAAGAGAUCACAGCACAGCAACCCGACUACUCCCAGCACUCCCAUUCCCGCUCCCGAGUGGAGGCCUCCUCAACCAGCAAAGAGCUCCACAAUUGGUUCUGGCGUUAGCCCAGUGCACAUCAAACCAGGAAGUACUUCAGCAGCCAGAGGGCAAGCUGCUUUGGGGUGGAAUGGAAGUCCUCCUACCUCAACUCCAAGGACUCCAGGCUUUCAGGGGAAGAGUGUGGCUGUCAAGCCGAUUCAAAGUCCUACUUUUCAGUGUAAUGCUUCACCUGUGGUGGAAAGCUCUUUGAGGCUGAACUGGAGGGAAACAGACAGUGGUCUGAGUCAAUGUCUGCCAAGUCCUGAAGUGAAGGACAACCCAGGCGAAGAACUGGAGAAGCUGCUGGAGGAGUGUAGGAGCACACUGGGAAUCACUGCCAGUCAGGACGGGACCACAAACACAGCAGAGAUACUGAAGCAUCUGCUGACAGAAAUGAAGAGUAUGAAGAGUACUUUGCAGACGGAACGUGGAGAGUGGCAGCAGUUCCAGGCUGACCUCCAGGUGGCGGUGGCGGUGGCAGACCGCUUGAGAGCUGAGGCAGAGGAAGAACUGACGGCGCUUCGAACGGCCCACAAAGACACUGAAAGGGAGUUGGCGGCUGCCCAGCAGAGACAGAAGGAGGCCGACAUGCAGCUGGUCACCCUGAGAGGAGAGCUGAAGGAGAGCAGGCAGAGACUGGCUACUCUGACCCAGGCUCAAGACAAAACUGAAUCCCGGGUUACGAGUCAGGAAACAGAAAGGCCCAACGGAGAAUCCAACAACCCUGAUGGCAAAGAAGGAACCCAGAGGGGCAGGGAGAGGGGGGUGUAUAGGCUGGGACGAGAAGCAGUGGAAAGUAAGAGUAAGAAUGAAGUGAUGAAGACUGUUGUUGGCGAGGAGGCGAGAACAGACUGUAAAGGUGUGACUAAGCGUUAUCUGAGAAAUGUGACCAAUGAGGAGAGGAGUGCAGAGGAGGUGCGAUCCAAUGAGACACGUAGGACGUUAACUACAGAGAGGUCAAGAAGCCUUUCCAGAAUACCUGCAACCUCCGACUCCACCACUACGCAGAAUGGAACCCUCCAGUCCAACACUGCUGCGACAAUUGGGCCUACAAACAAAAACUUGAUGCAACUGAGAGGGCGAAAAAAUCUGGAUUGGCAAGAAACAAAGUCCAGCAAUGACACAGGAAAACGUGAAGAGUCUCUAAACAAGUACAACUCGGCUCUCACUGAGUUGCCACCCACCAACCCAACCCUUAACGGCAGCUUGUAUCUUAUCGUCAGGUCCCAGGAUGGUUUCAACCUGCUACUGCGUCGCCAUGGAGGCUCAAAGAGAAACUCGCUGCUCCGCUGGUGUCAGAACCGAACCCAAGGCUACAAGAAUAUUGACAUUACCAACUUCAGCAGCAGCUGGGCCGAUGGUCUGGCCUUCUGUGCCGUCUACCACACCUACCUCCCGUCACACAUCCCUUACAGCACCCUCAGUCCAGAGAACAAGAGAGAGAAUCUCAGUCUGGCAUUCAAAACAGGAGAAACUGUUGGUAUUGCACAAUCUCUGACAGUAGAGGAGAUGCUGAGAGCUGGCGGUCCUGACUGGCAGAGGGUCUUGAGCUACGUGGAGAGCAUGUACCGACACUUUGAGAUGUGACUUCCGGAGGUACUGACAAGCAGUCCAAUAGGGGAUUUUUAAGGACUCUUUCAAGGAAACCACUAGUGUUUAUAAUAAUGGCUCCCUGAAUACGUACCAUUAGUGAGUGUCUGGGAUGAAAUGACAUUCAAAGCUACAGUUUGUAACUGUUUGGCUUUAAAAUAAUCUUUUGCUUGACUUUAAAGUGCAGGAUGUCUUGAAAACAGCAAUAACAAUGGCAAAAAGCCUGUAUAAACAAAAGAUGUAAGCGCAGAUGAACAUCCGCAGGUCAUUUCCAUUCACGUUUAUUGUGAGUUUAGGGAUGCUGGUUAAUACAAUACAAUGGUCUUUGUGCACUGCACAUACUUAGUAGUUACUUGCUAAUAAGUACUCUGGUGUAGUACAGGUUGAGAAUCUGACCAACUGAGGAGGAGGAAAGCAGGACUAACAUUCUCAACAUACAAAAAGUUACAUAUUGUAGCUUUCAAAUAUAUAUGAUUGACAACUUCAUAGAAAUUGUGAAUAUGUGGAUUAUUUUAAAGUAUUCUUUUGAGGAAGGUGUAUAUGCGAGUUGGGAUCAAAAAGUUGAGAGACUUUGCCGUUCAAAAAAUCAAAAAGCGUACCAAAUUUCAAUUUCGUCCCUGUUGAAGUGGUCUGUUUGUGCAGUGAUACACAGCUGUCAGCACUUGUGCAACAAUGCUGAAAGUCCUGUGUAAACAUCUGCGACAGAUGCUGAAUCUCGUAAACUGUCAAAACGGUGACCCUUCAGCUUUAAUGUGACUUUGGGGAAGAGAAAGAAGUAAAAGGAAGCCAAGUGACCACAUAUGCAGUGUAGUUGAUUAUCAGAAUGCAAUCCUGUCACAGUUUAGGUCAUUUGCACCCAAUGUUCUCCCUCAGACACCUCAGGAUGUUUCGAUAGAACCCUGCUUUAGCAGUCCAAACCUGCAGGACAAAACCCUUGAAUGUUGAAUAAAACAACAAGCGUGCUCCUGAUGUACUCUGAACUUAAAGUACCAUGUCCGGUUUUGGAAAUUUGCUGAUUCUUCUCUGGAUGGUAGACAUAGAAUCCCCCCUUCACCACUCAUGAUCUAUGGCAUGAAAGCUAGGCUCGUCUGGGUGUCGAAUGAAACACAAUGCAAUGAUUUCUUUACUUCUCUAGUUCGUGGUCCAUGAAGACUUCACAAAUGUGGACCCACUAUUGGUGACAAAAACACCUGUCUCACUGAUUGUGAAACACUUUGAGGAUCAACAUGGCAAAAGACCACUAUUUAAGUGCAAACUGCAUAGGUUCUCAGCACCAGGCACAGUCUUGGAACUUUUUGAUCACCCCCUUGCACAAGUUGAGUUGCUGUAAAUGUCUCCACACUGGUACUUCACUGGCAGAAAGUACUGUAUUACAUCAUGUCCUUCAUGAAAUCUGAAAGCAGUCCUGAAACUGCACAUGGUUCUUAAUAUGCCAAUGCAUUUUGCCUUUUCACUUUUAUAUGUGAUGCUUUGACAGGAUUCUGCAUUUUUCUGGACCUUUAUAGCACUCUGUAAAUAUGCACUUUUGUCAGCACUUUGUUGGUGUCAGAAUGUAAUAGUGUACAGUACAGAUGUUCCACAACUGCUGUGGUCUUGUAGUGGUUUACAUUCAGUAGCAAGGCUGCAGUCCAGUCAGAAAUGUCUGUAAUGGUCUUUCCUGUUAGUUUUCUCACAGAAAACCCGAUGACUUUGGGACAAAAAAAGUGCCUCCAUGUUACUACAAGUGUGCCAGUGCUGUUUAUGUGCUCAGGGAUGUGUAUUACAGGAGUGACGUAGAGCAGAAGCAAAUACAGGCCCAUACAAGCUUGCACAUCCGGUUUCAACAUCAUCUCGCGUCACCCCUGCAUCCUCACUGAUGCACAGCUGGUAUUGUUAAGACAAGUUCAAAAUCGAGUUUGUUGCCAAAGUUUUACUUGCCAAAUAUUGGAUAAAUAUGCCUUAUGUUGUAAAAUAUGUUUAUAUGUAACUAGUGUGAAAAACCGAUGCCAAAGCAAUAAAGAGUUAAUAUGAAAU